AGAAUACAUUCAACCGUUUGUCAGACUUUUAUUUUCUCAGACUCUAAAAAUUUUAAAUUGUAGGCAAUGUCUGGGCUUUUAAGACUCGGCUACGGUGGUCACCUGCUGAACCUCUGCUUUGGCAGCAGACAGAACAGGGGCGCCUUUUUGGAGCCACCCAUAUGGAUAUCUCGGGAGCUGCAGCGAAAAUACUCUCAUAAUUGUGAGAAAUUCACAGUAGUUAUGGUGCGGCAUGGGGAGUCCGAGUGGAACCAGCAAAAUCUCUUCUGCGGCUGGUACGAUGCCCAGCUGUCGGAGAAGGGGCGCAAGGAGGCGAGUGCUGCGGGCAACGCCAUCAAGGAUGCCAAGCUGAAGUUCGACGUGGCGCACACAUCGCUACUGACACGAGCCCAGGACACAUUGCAGUCCAUACUGGAGGUGACGGGACAAAAGGAUAUAUGCAUACAGAAGACGUGGCGUCUCAAUGAACGCCACUAUGGCGGGCUGACGGGACUGAACAAGUCGGAGACGGCCAAGAAGUAUGGCGAGGAGAAGGUUAAGAUCUGGCGACGCAGCUUCGAUACGCCGCCGCCCCCAAUGGAGCAGGAUCACAAGUACUACGAGUGCAUAGUCAAGGAUCCCAGAUAUUGUGAUGGACCCAAACCGGACGAGUUUCCCAAGUCCGAAUCCCUCAAGCUGACCAUCGAGCGCACUUUGCCCUACUGGAACGAUGUAAUUGUGCCGCAGAUAAGGCAGGGCAGAAAGCUGAUCAUCGCCGCACACGGGAACAGCCUGAGGGGCAUAGUGAAGCAUCUGGAUCAGAUUUCCAAUGAGGCCAUUAUGGAGCUCAAUCUGCCCACGGGCAUACCCUUUGUCUACGAGCUGGACAAGUGCAUGCUGCCGCUGGCGCCCAUGAAAUUCCUGGGCGAUCCCGAAACCGUCAAGAAGGCCAUGGAAUCUGUGGCCAUGCAGGGCAAGGCAAAGUAGUAUGGGGACAAUCAAAGGUUACGCACAGCAGC